AAAGAAUCCUAACGUUCCUUAGCAAGGAUAAAGUUAUUCUUUCAUACUCUUUGCACGUUACCUCUUAAUUUUGAAUAUUUAGAUGUCCUUGACUAAAAAGUAGCCUAUUCAACCUAACCUCAACUUAAAAAUGACAUACUGAUAAACAAAACCAGAAUUCCAAUUCAGAAAAAUGUCAAGUUUUACUACAAGUACAUAUAGGUGACACUUUGUUUCUAUACUCAUGUUGAACAAAACAACUGUAUUAUUUGUUUGUCUAAUUGAGUGUGUAUUCAUUCUAACAGUAAGAAAUAAUGAGGUUGUCAGCCAACAGAAAGAAGAAUUGUUCAAACAACUCUUCAAACUGCGUAGACUGGAACAGUUAGAAGCUGUAAAGAAAAUGAGAGCACUCCCUGAAGGCAAGCAGCACAAGAUGAUACAAACAGUAACAAAAACUAUAUUUGAUGUAAUAUUGAAAAGCAGAGAAGUUCUGGAAAGCUCUGGAUUUACUCCAGGAGUAAGUGAUUUUCCAGAAUCGGAGACUGUUAGAGAUGCUCUGUCUCUGGUUCUGGAGAACACUGCUCUGAUUGGAGAAAUGGUGUUGCGUCUGCCAGAGGUGGUUGAGCCUGUGCUGCGCUCUACAUCAGAGUGGCCAGUACUAUUAACUUGGAGUCUUGCCUUUGUCAACCAAACACAGCUGUUGGAUACUAGCACCACCAAGCUUGUCUAUUUGGUCGGCCAAGAACUGAACUUGACAAACAGAGAUCCAGACUAUGUCAAUCCGUACAAGUAUGCCAAACAAAAGGUGAGUGUAAAGGCUGAUCCUGAGAAAGAACCAAUUAAGAAGAAAAAAAAGACUGAAAUUCCUCGAGGACCAAGACUUACACUUCCUCAGUCAGGAGAUUUAUAACACAUGGAAUUCAUAGCUAAAACAAGAUUUGUAACGUUUAAUAAAUCUUAUACAAAAAAUAAA